AUGGAACAAAACUCCCAGCAGCUGAUCCGAGAGCAGCUAGAAGUGAAUGACAUUUUGGUGCAGGAGACUGCCCAUUUGAAGCGGAAAUUCACCGAGGCCAGAGAGGGCACAGAGGCCCAGUGUGUGAUAUGCCGGGAUGCUAAACCAUCCCAGGCGUUUGUUCCUUGUGGUCAUGUUUGUGCGUGCUCAGCCUGUUGGGAUGUUUUUGCACAGACUGGUGGCAGGAAAUGCCCCAACUGUCGUCGGGAUGUAGAGUUUUCAUUUUCCGUGUUCAUUGAGCCUCUUACAGUGGACUUACGUUUGCAUGUGCUCAAGAUCCAUCAAUGA